UCCUCAUGCAGCUUUUCCAUGACUCUGGCAACACCGACGUGGAGGGCAUUGACACCACCAACGCCUGCUAUGGGGGCACGGCCUCACUCUUCAACGCAGCUGCCUGGGUGGAGUCCAGUGCCUGGGAUGGUCGCUACGCUGUGGUGGUGUGUGGGGACAUCGCUGUCUACGCCACGGGCAACGCGCGGCCCACGGGAGGUGCCGGUGCCAUCGCCAUGCUGGUGGGACCCAACGCCCCACUGGUGCUGGAGAGAGGCCUGAGGGGAACCCACAUGGAGCAUGCCUACGACUUCUACAAGCCAGAUCUGUCCUCUGAGUACCCAGUGGUGGAUGGGCAGCUCUCCAUCCAGUGUUACCUGCGGGCACUGGACCGCUGCUACGCCGUGUACCGACGGAAGGCAGAGAGCCAGUGGCAGCAGGCUGGUGUCCAGCGGCCCUUCACCCUCGAUGACUUCAAGUACAUCAUCUUCCACACACCCUUCUGCAAGCUGGUACAGAAGUCCGUGGGGCGGCUGAUGCUGAAUGACUUCCUGGCCUCCCCCAACCCCGACACAGCUGCUGGUCUCUACAAGGGGCUACAGACCUUUCGUGGUUUGAAGUUGGAGGACACCUACACCAGCAAGGAGGUGGAGAAGGCAUUCCAGGCUGCCAGCCAGGACAUCUUCAACCAGAAAACCAAACCCUCCCUGCUCCUCUCCUCCCGCAAUGGCAACAUGUACACGCCAUCAAUGUAUGGCUGCCUGGCCUCCCUCCUGGCACAGUCUUCGGCACGGGACCUGGCUGGCUCCCGGAUCGGUGCCUUCUCCUAUGGCUCGGGACUGGCUGCCAGCAUGUUCUCCUUCCGUGUCUCGCAGGAUGCAGCCCCAGGCUCACCCCUGGACAAGCUGGUCUCCAGCCUGGCUGACCUGCCGGCUCGCCUGGACUCCCGCAAGCGUGUGGCCCCGCAGGACUUCGCUGAGAUCAUGAAGCAGAGGGAGGAGACUCAUCACUUAGCCGACCAUGCUCCCCAUGGCUCCCAGGCGGAUCUCUUCCCUGGAACCUGGUACCUGACACGGGUGGAUUCCAAGUACCGCCGUCAAUACGCUAGGAAGCCCAUCUAG